AUGUCAGGCGAAGCUCUUACUAACUCACGAAAACUCUUUACGGCGGGGAUUAAUCAGGAAUUGGAAUUUUUUCCACCAGCGGUGAUUGAGGGCUCGUGUGUAGUGAAGCCGUUGAAAGACGUGUUUGAGGAAGGGAUUUUGGACUGGAAACAUGCAUUAGUUGGCCAAUUUAUAGGUUCGGCUCCAAAUUUUAGCUCCAUCAAGAAGAUUGUUAUGCUGUUAUGGGGUAAGGCUUCUUCGAUUAAGGGACUGGGUUUUAGAAAACGGGGGCUUAGCUAUAUUGCAAGCGUUGUAGGGAAGCCUCUCCAUAUGGAUUCAAUUACAGCUGCUAGGGAAAGAUUGGAAUAUGCUCGAUUAUGUGUUGAGGUUCCUGCUGGGUCUUCAAUUCAGGAUCAUAUUGAUGUUGUCCUGAGUGAUGAAUCAGUGGCAAAAAUUAGGGUCUCGGUCUGGAGAGUUAAAGGACCUGUGAAGGAUGCUAAACAGGAUGUUCCUUCUGUUAGUGGUGAGGCUACCGGAGAUGUAGAUUGUGUUAUAGCCACUACCACUAGUGAAGCACUAGAAGGGAUUAGCUUUGGCAUAGAAAAUCCUGUUCAGGUGACUAUACAGAAUGACCAGGUUAAAGUUGUUGAUGCUAUUGUUAAAAAUAAUUAUGCUGCCAACUCAGUGCCAGAUAGAAACUGCCUUGCAAAUAAUUUAGCUGUCAUUGUGGAUGUGGUUAAACAGGCUGAGCAGCAAAGUAACCCUCUUAUUAAGAGAGGUAGAGGAAGACUUGCUAAGGAGGGUAGGGUUGCUGGAAGAGGUUCAAGGAAUAAAUUUGAAAUCCUUAAUGCUAUUGACCCUGAUAGUCUGUUGGAAAUCUCUGAUGUUGAUUCAGGAAAAAAACAGAGAGGUGCUUCUUUGGGUGUGGCAAAGCUAGUGCAGGAUCUGAAAUUGAAGAAAAAAGAGCAUGUGGAAAAAGCCAAAAGAAUUGAGGAAGAGACUGCACCAUUAGUUCUACAUCUGAUCAAAGCAUUACUCUUGAGGUUUGUUCUGGGGGAACUGGAUUUUUUUAUUACUGUAGUGUAUGGUUCGAAUGAUAACACCACUCGCAGACAACUUUGGACUCAGCUUAGCUCUAUGGAAGCUUCUAUGGGAAAUAUGGCUUGGUUAAUAGGUAGUGAUUUCAAUACCAUCGUAAAAGCUGAGGAAAGCUCUGCACAAGUUAACUAUGGUACCUUGGCUGAUAUUUCUGAAUUCCAGAGCUGUGUGGAGGGAUUGGGGUUGUUUGAUCACCCUUACAUAGCUUCUGAUGUUGAAUUUCAGGCCCCUGGUGAUUGUGAUCACUAUCCAGCAUUAGUCUGGCUGCAUAAAGAAGUCUUUGCUAUUAAGUCUAAGCCAUUCAAGUUUUUUAAUUUUUGGGCUAUGCACCCUGAUUUCAUAUCCAUUGUCAAGGAAUCAUGGCAGACCCCGGUUAAUGCCAUCCCAAUACAAUCACUUUAUCUAAAGCUUAAAAGGUUGAAGAGAUGCCUUAAAGAGCUAAACAGGAACUAUUACAAUGAUAUUUCGGGGCAAGUAAGGGUUAAAAGGGAGAAAUUGAAGAGUUUGCAGCUUGCCAAUCUUGAUCCAUCUAUUGCUGGAAGAAAUAUUAAUGCUGAAUUGGAAACUGAAAGGGAAAUAAAGGCCCUCGAGGAGGCUGAGAUGAUGUUCUACAAGAAAAAAGCUAAAGUGGAUUGGAUUAAAGAUGGUGACCAGGGUACUCAGUUUUUUCACUCUAUGGUUGCAAAAAAAAGAAAAAUCAACACAAUUAGAGUCUUAUUCAACCAAAGUGGUGAAAGACUUGAUACCUUCGAAGACAUUCCUAAUGAAUUGAUUGAAUUCUUUGUGAAUCAGCUAGGGGUGGUUGACCCUGAGGUAAAGGGUUAUAAUGUCAGCACCAUCAAGGAUUUACUUAGUUAUUCUUUGCCAAGGGAUACAGCAGACACCUUAUGCAAGGAUGUCUCUGAUGUUGAGAUUAAGGAGGUCUUGUGGGGACAAAGGAACAACAAGUCCCCUUAUCCAGAUGGCUAUAAUGUUUUCUUUUUCAAGAGAGCUUGGUCUGUAGUAGGAGAAGACUUUCUGGCAGCAAUCAGGUACUGUUUUGAUCACUAUUUUAUGCUCCCAUCAUUCAAUGCAACGACUGUUAUGCUUGUUCCCAAAAUCCCUAAUCCAAGCUUAGUAAAAGAUUUUAGACUCAUCUCUUGCUGCUCUGUUGUUUACAAAACUGUCACUAGAAUUUUAGUGAAUAUACUUUCUUCUAUCUUUCUUGGUAUGAUAUCUAUGAACCAAACUGCAUUUUUGAAAGGGAGAAGCAUAGUGGACAAUACCUUACUAGCCCAAGAACUUGUUAGGGGUUACUCAAGAAAGAAAAUAUCCCCUAGAUGUGCUCUUAAAAUAGACUUGCAAAAGGCUUUUGAUUCUUUAAACUGGGAGUUUAUAGAUGUGAUCUUGCAUGCUUUGGGGUUACCUGAUAAGUUCAUUGGCUAG